GAGCUCUCAAAUAAUGAUCUAGACCACCAUGACUAACAGAGACCGCUUAACUUCCUGUCUCUUCCGAACUGAAUCUGAAACUGAAACCAAUAUCUGCAGUGUUUUUCAACUAAUGGAAAUCAGUUUGCUCUUCAUAAUUGCCAGUGGAGACUUCAGAAUUGCGUAGAACCUAAGCGAUGCGUUGUGACAGGAUGGCAUAAAAAUGACGAAUCGUUUUCUCAGACAGUACCUUGUUCUCUUGUUGACAAAAUGAAAUAUCUCAACCCAUUUCAAGUUAAGCGUAUCAACAGUAUUGAUUUCACUUAUGUCUUUCUUCAUGUAACGGCCUCCAAAAAGACCAACAUUUUGUCUAAAGGUCAAAGGUACCGAGCGUGUAAGGCGUAUAUUUACAACUUUUAUCAGAUGAAUUAUGACUAUCUCAACUCACCACAAAAGAAAGGAAGAUUCAACAUCGCCAUGGUAUCAGAUUUUUGUUACCCGAAUGUUGGCGGUGUAGAAAGUCAUAUUUUUGCUUUAUCUCAAUGCCUUAUUCGACGUGGUCAUCGAGUUAUUAUAAUCACUCACUCAUAUGGUUCUGAAGGUGGUCAACGUCAAGGUGUAAGAUAUUUGCCACGUGGACUUAAAGUUUAUUAUAUUCCAAUUCAACCGUUUUAUAAACAGUCAAUUUUCAUCACAGUUCUGGGCACAUUACCAAUAAUUCGUGAAAUAGUAAUACGUGAACAGAUUGAUAUUGUACAUGGACAUUCAAUAUUUUCUCCUUUAGCCUGUGAAGCUGCAAUUCACGCACAGAGCCUUGGCUGUCGAACUGUUCAUACAGAGCACUCACUUUUCGGUUUUUCAGAUUUGUCAGCAAUAAUUAUGAAUAAAGUAAUGGAAGGUGUAUUUACAGCUGUAGACCAAGUGAUCUGUGUUUCACAUACUACCAAAGAAAAUGUAGUUCUUCGAGCUAAAUAUGAUGCUGAUCGAGUUUUUGUAAUUCCUAAUGCAGUGGAUGCCUCUGCGUUUAUUCCUGACCCGUCUUGUCGUGAUCCUAAUUACAUUACUAUUGUUGUGGUUUCUCGCUUAGUUUACCGAAAAGGUCUUGAUUUAUUGGUUGCCAUCAUCCCGUCAUUAUGUUCUCUGUUUCCGGAAUUAAGAUUUCUUAUAGGUGGUGAUGGACCUAAAAGACUUGAACUAGAAGAGAUACGCGAACAGUAUCAAUUACAUUCACGUGUAAAAUUGUUAGGAGGUUUACAACCUCAUGAAGUUCGGCCUCUUUUAAUACAAGGUGAUAUCUUUCUAAAUACUUCUCUUACUGAAGCGUUUUGUAUAGCAAUUCUUGAAGCAGUUUCAUGUGGCUUAAUGGUUAUCAGUACAGCUGUUGGGGGACUUCCGGAAGUUUUACCCGAGCAUUUUAUUAGACUUGCACCAGCAAACGCUUCAGAAUUAGCAACUAUUGUUGCAGAUUCUAUUAUUCAAGUUCGGCGGCAACGCGAGGAUUCGAAACUUACAACCCAUGAACAAGAAGCUAUGAAUAAUUUAACCUCAGACAAGGUGAACAUAUGUACAUCACCUCCGAAUCCUCUUUGUCGAUUUUCAUUGGUCGCCGAUCCAUCUACACACUUUGAUGGUACGGAAUGUAAUUGUAAUUCACUUAAUGAUCAUUGUUGGCAUAUGCAUAAAUGGAUUCGUAGUAUGUAUUGUUGGCCUCUAGUUGCUAAACGUACGGAAAAAGUCUAUUGUGCUGCUAUGUCUAAACCACCUGUUUCACUACACGACAGAAUCUCAAGGUAAGAAUAUAAACUGAAUUUCCAAGUGUUUCUGUGAUAUAACUUAAUUGAUUGUAAUCUUCAGCUUUCAGAACAAAAGUAAAUAUAGCUCUCAAUAGAGGGAUUUUCAUCCGUGAGAUAUUUUUAAUCUAGAUCUCAUUAUCAGACUACAUUUUCCAACAUACAUUUAUUACUAACUUCGUUUCAUCUAGCGUGAAUAAUAUGAAUAAGGAUGUUUAAUUAGUAGCAUGGAUAGUAUGUUUCUCAGUAGGUUGUAGUUUGUUUUGACAGUCAUUUUAUUGUACCGUAGUUUCUCAACUAAUUAGUGUUAUAAAGCCUGAAAAUUAAUCACUGUAUAGAAAUUAAAUAGUUCAAGUGAACUUUGACUUCUUUCAGUCAAAUGACGUUAAUCUUCAGAAGGUAAAUGGACGACUAUUAAAAGAUAUGACUAAAGAUAUCAGAUUGUUGUAUUUGUACCAACUUGUUCACAUGUGUUAUUAUUUUGUUCUGGAGCAUUCAGUUAUUCCUGUGCGAAGAAUUAAAAAAAAACAGUUUUAUCAUACAAACACACUGACUUAAAUUCUAUUUAUAAAUCAGCAAUGGAAAGAAGAUUUAGCCAGUCCACCUAUUAAAAAGUACAAAUAAGCACAUUUCAAGAUAAUAAAAAUGUAUUCCUUGUACAAAAAGUGGAUCGUAGGAAUUAUGGUUCUAUCUAGGUAUCAAAAAGCCUUUUACUCAUUCGUCUAUAGUUUCUAUCUUAAAAGUUUUAAUUUACUCGUUUCACUUCAUAUAACUAAAGCUAGUGUUUGUAAAUAUCAACUGUUCUUCCGUAAAUAAUUUGAUUCUUGUAUAUGAUAACUUGGAAUUAUCUGAUAUUCUAAUUUUAUUAAAUUAGCUCAUUACAAAAUCCAUAACUUCGACAUGUACUGUCAUUUUGAAAUAGAUCACUAAGGUAGUCAUAAAAAUUGGUAAUUCGUGCAAAAGAAUAACCAUAAUGAUUCUUCCAUAACCUGCAUUUUCACCUUCGAUUACUCUAUAACUUGAGUGUGACGGCGACAUAUUUUUUAUGCGUUUGGAAAACAUGGUCCUUCCAAGUUGAGGAUGUUAGGCGACUAUGUGUUCGAUCGUCUGUCUCCGGUGGCAACAACAUGUGAGUAAUGUUGGAGUUCACAAAUGUGUGUUCAAACCUAAUGAUGAUGAUUCACUUAUUAUCACCACUUCAAAACACUGACUUCAGUGGCUUAGACAUGUCUCACGAAUGUUACACAAGCAGCCUUUCCUUCUUGCGUUAUUUACCAACGCUAGAACUAGGUGGGAAAAUCGAUGACACGGCGACUCAGAGGUUUAAGAAGUUAUAUUGUUCAGACUAGAAGCUAAUAAUGAUAGUACUGUAGUUUCUUUUUCGCUCUUCAUAAAAUUAAAAUGAUCUUAAUUGAGAUAAUGAACCUAUCAGUUUUUCCACCAUUCAGAACAUGAAGGCAUUAUGCGGCUGUUUCUUUCUAGUAUGGUGUUCCUCUGCACUGCACACCCACGACUCAGCACGCGGUACUCGAACCCAAAACACUGGGCCUCGUGUGCGAACGCUUAAAGUCUAAACAACUAAGCCGGCAUCCAACGGUGUUAAUGUUUAACUUCAACCAAUCCACGACAUCGCGUGACCAUUCUCCAUUGUUUUAGUGGGUAACUGCCUCACACCUGACAUGGCUGAAGUCCACUGGUCACGGCUUCUCCACAACCCUAUACUGAUAAAAUGAUUUUCCUUGACUGGAAAAAGUUUUUGUUAGUUAUAUUUUUAUUUGGAUUAAAUUUCUUAUUAAAUACUAUUCUUGUUUACUCACUUGAUUAUACUACCCUUUUCCCCAUUAUUUCUUCAGAGUAUAUUCACUUCACUCGUUUGACACAUAGUGUUUUCGGUGGCAUAUUGUAUUAGAAUCCAUUACUUAUCUAAAUUUUUUAGGUUUAAGCAGUUUUCACAGACAUUAUCUCAAUUAUUUUUCAGGAUUUACCAAACUGAACUAGUUUUGGUACUAUGUUAUCUAAAUUGUUGGAAUCAAAUGUAAGAUGCUUUACAUUUGUGCAUAUAUGUGUUUACCAUUUGUUAUGUUCUGGUUUACAUCCUUUUAAUUCAGAUUGUACCAACUUGGUCCACUUACUGGGAAAAUAACAUGUUUUUCCGCUAUUUUACACUGGCUUCUUCUUCAAUUUAUAUCAUGGCUUAGACCUGAACAGGUUUGUUAGUAUACUUUGACAAACUGAGAUGUAGUUAUUUUUCUUUACUUUAUUUGGGGAAUUUUAUCAGUUAAUUCACUUCCUUUUGAGGAAAUAUGAGAAUGAAUGAUAGUUUUAUCACUGUUUUUUGAAAAUUAUUCAUGCUAAAGCUUCUAAAUGAUCCAAUAAAAUUAAAAUAACUAAGUUUAGAUAAGUCAGAACUGGUUCCAGAAAAUUUGUUAGCUAUACGAAUGCACCAAAUGAAAUCCAAUCUGUAAUUAUUGUAUAAUAAUUUACAGUGUAUUAAGCAACAUUAUCUAUGAAUAAUUAUUUUUUGUUGUAUAGAUACCUUAUACAUUUUUUCACCUCUUGAUCAAUAAAAGACUGCAUUGAAAGGCGUAGUGCCCGUAGCUGAGUGACGUAAUUUUAUUUGACGGUUAUUUACUUGUAGCCGGACUCACUAAGGUAGGGUGGUGAUUUUGGUAAUUCGAAUAAUUCAUUCAACAAAAGCUGAAUACUGCCUUGGGUUUUACUACUUGGACAACUGAUGACUUUGCACUUAAAAGUACACUGAAUUACAUUAAUGAAAGUCGUGUAAACACUACAUAACAUGCAGAUAUUAGAGAAAAAUGAAUCUUUCAUUUAAGAUAAUCGAUAUAAUGCCAUCACUUGAAACACCUAUAGAAGAUUUUAGUGAUAGUGAAUGUGAGGAUUUUUCUGUUGAUUCACACAAAUAAUAUCCACGUUUAUUUCACUUGUAUCAAACUUAUAACUUUAUAAUUAUCCUGUGCAUAAUUUUACUUUAAAUGGAAUUGUUUUAUUUUUUACUUAUUCGUUAGAACGUAAUCAUUAUUCUUCUAAAGAUUUAAACUCAAAUUGUUUGUUGUUGUACUCUGGAAUUUUACAAUCAAAAAAAGGUUUUCAUGUUUUAUGUAAUAGCCAAGAUAAUAUCCCUACGAAAUUCGCGCUAAUGGUGUUAUUUUCGAUUAGAAUUUUGGCUUAUCACAUAAGACAUAUAGUUCAUUAAAUUACAUAUAUAUAGGGCAUUCAUAGUUUAUUGUUCUUGUUGUCAAGACCUAUCCACUUUUCAAGUAUAUAUAUAAUUACUUUUUGUAGUCUUAAAAAUUAUACACGAUGAUGUCCAAUAACCGAGUCCCUUUAGCAAAAAUAGUAUGAUUAUAAAACAGUAGAAUGAGAAUGUAAACCUUGCCAGUACUAGUACAUGUAAAAUAACCAUAUAGACAUACAAUAAACAUCCAAACUUAUCUUAAGAAAGUAUUAACCGAUCAUGAGUAUAGUGCCAUUUAUACAUGAAUAACCAAAUGAUAGAACACAUGAUCUUUCUCUCACUAAAUAUAGUCGGUCCCGUCUUGUCAUACUAACCCUCACAUUCACAUGCGAAGUUUCCUUAAUGUUUAAAGUUGCAACAUUUUCUUCCACGAAGUUCCGUAUUCCUUCUCAAUUCACAAAUAACUCAUGAAAUCUGUGGACCCUGACUAACUAUAGCCGAUUAUAAUAAACCUAUACUGCUGUGUGGUCUUUCUACCAGUUUUAAGAGGUUUUAAUAUCCUAAAUUUAUUAGCAUUGGAAUGUUUAUCCUUUCUCACUUGUAGGCUUAUUCAUAGAUUUUGCAACCCUAAACUCUUUUUCAUAUUCUUUGAUAAGCUAUUUUUCCUUACCAUCUCAAACCGCAUGUCAUCUGGCCGGAAUCUUAUAAUUUAUGCCAUGAGUUAACUUUGUGAUAUACUAAAUGAAUAUAUAACCCACAAUAUAGAAG